AUGAGCUUCUCUCCUUGGACAAUAGCGGUUGUUGCUUUGAGUGCAGCAGCAGUCUUCGUAGUGGGUGCAGACUUUGUUUACCGCAGGGUCACAAGAGUGCCUUUUAAAGCAGCAGGAAAACACUGCUUUAUUACAGGUGGAAGUACAGGUUUAGGAAAAGCGCUAGCCGUCGAACUCGCCAAAGAAGGCGCGGAUGUGUGUAUCGUAGCCAGAAGAAUAAACGAGUUGGAAAGUGCGGCAGAAGAGAUCAAGGCCAGUUGUUUGAAUGAGAGUCAAAAGGUUAUUUGGAUUAGUGCGGAUGUGACGAACCGAAAGGACGUUGAGCGUGCUUUUGACGAAGCGAAUGUGAAAAUGGGCCGUAAUCCAGACUUUGUAUGUGCUUGCGCAGGUGCUUCCUUCCCUAAAUUUUUCCUCGACCAUACCAUGGAAGAGUUUGAAAAGUUGACCCAUUUAAACUAUUUAGGUCAAGUCUAUGUAGCGCAUCAAGCAGCACAGAGGAUGAGAGAUUCUCAUGUAAAGAAUGGAAAAAUUGUUUUCAUUUCCUCCAUGUUGGGCAUGCUCAGUUUCGCAGGAUGGGCUACCUAUGCACCUACGAAAUAUGCUAUUCGAGGAUUGGCCGAUACACUGCGAAACGAGCUUAAAAGAUACAAUAUUGGCGUUCACAUCUUUUUUCCAGGUGGCAUUGAAUCACCCGGCUUUGAGACUGAAAACUUGACAAAGCCGGAAGUGACAAAGAUUAUUGAAGGAGCCAAUACUCCACAAACGAGUGAAGCCUGUGCGAAAUCGUUGAUGAAAGGUUUACAUCAAGGCCAAUACAUGAUCGUAACAGACUUUAUAAGUGAAGUUUUGCGUUGUGUCGUAAGAGGUGUUGGCCCAACAAAUAAUUUAUUGAUGGAUUAUAUACUUGCUGCUGUUGGACAACCUAUCGGUUCUGCUUACGCGCUGUACAUGGAUUAUGUAGUGAAAAGUGCUAAAUAUGACUAA